CUCCUCCCCCCUCCCCCAUAUAUAAUCUCACAUAAAUCAUGCAUUGUUGCACAUUCAGUAGCAGUACAAUCUCAUCAAUAUCCUUAAUAACCCCCCAACAACCCCUGGGCUUAACCCAUAAUUCUUCUUUUUUUAAACCCUCUUCUUCUUUUUCUUCUUUUAUUAAGUUUAGGUUAAUGGCUGCUUUAAAGGCUGUUCACGUCUCCGACGUCCCUAAUCUUGAUCAGGUUCAGGAAAAUGCCUCCGUCUCUCUCUUCUCCUCCCGCUUCUCCCCUAGAGGGUUGCAGGUGGAGGUAUGUAAUAAGAGCAAGGCGGAGAAAUUUUUGGUGAUUGGACAUCGUGGGAAUGGCAUGAAUAAAUUACAGUCGUCUGAUCCUAGAAUGAAAUCAAUCAAAGAGAAUUCUAUUCUUUCAUUCAACACCGCCGCUUCCUUCAACCUCGAUUUCGUCGAAUUCGACGUACAGGUAACAAAAGACGGAUGCCCAAUAAUUUUCCACGAUGAUCACAUUUUCACAGAAGAAAAUGGCAUAGUAUAUGAAAAGAGAGUGACAGACCUUACUCUAAACGAGUUUCUUGCCUACGGCCCACAAAAGGAAGCUGGAAAGGUCUCUAAACCACUGUUGAGGAAAAACAAGGAUGGCAAAAUCAUUAAGUGGGAUGUCAACUCUGAUGACACCCUUUGCACAUUGAAGGAAGCCUUCGACAAGGUUAAUCCCAAAUUAGGUUUCAACGUUGAGUUAAAAUUCGACGAUCACAUUGUUUACCAAGAAGAUCACCUUGUCAAUACUCUCCAAUCAGUGUUGCAGGUGGUGUAUGAGAAUGGCAAGGAUAGACCUGUAAUAUUCUCCACAUUCCAGCCAGAUGCAGCCCUUUUAGUGAGGAAACUACAGGGAACAUACCCUGUAUUCUUCUUGACUAACGGAGGCACUGAGGCAUACUAUGAUGUUCGACGAAACUCGUUAGAAGAAGCCAUUAAGUUAUGUUUAGAAGGGAGUUUACAAGGCAUUGUUUCUGAGGUUAAAGGAGUUUUCCAAAACCCUGGUGCUGUAAGUAAGAUCAAGGACUCCAAACUCUCCCUCCUCACAUAUGGAACUCUAAAUAAUGUGCCGGAGUCAGUGUACCUGCAACAUUUAAUGGGAAUCGAUGGGGUGAUUGUUGAUUUUGUUCAAGACAUAACAGAAGCAGUAAAUAAUCUAAUCAAGCCAGUGAACACAGAGGAACAAGUUGAAGAUGGACAGUUGCUAUUCGGUGCAAAGCCACAAUUCACUCAGACUGAGCUUUCGUUUUUGCUUAAGCUUAUUCCUCAGUUGAUACAGCACUAACAAAUGACUCAUUCAUACUAACUUACUAAGGGGUUGUUGGAGCUCAUCUCUAUCCAUUCUCUUUAUUCAUUUUUCCACAUUUUCCCUUUCUAAUUAGUAAUUACUAAUUACUAAUUACUAGGGACUUCAUCACUUAUUUAUUAGCUAGAUAGAUAAUUGACUUUGGACUUUGGACUUUGGAGGUAGCCAUUGUAUUUGUAUCAUUAUUAUUUAACUUUGUACAUAGCCUCAGCUCCUUUAUAGAAGGUUAGCCUCCAUUAAUUGUUGUAUCAACAUUCAACAUGUAAGAGUAUGAGAUUUGUACUGCUACUUUUAACUACUGUAUCAAAUUAAAUGUAUGAGUACGUAAGAAAUUUUAAUGUUAAACACACUAUUUUUGCAGUUACAA